UGUAUUUUCUCGCUUUUAAAGGACACAAUGCUUUUCCACGGGGGGGACCUGAGCUGAAAACAGACACGGGAGCCUCUCUGGAGGACUCAGAUGUCGAACAAACCGCAGAGAUCGAGUCCGAGAUCAUAGCAGAAGAAGUCCCUGUUGGAGCCAUGGGACCGACGGAUCUGCUGCUGCUCGGGGUGCUGUGGAUCCGCUCUGCUCUGCUCUGUGCAGCAGGCUGCAGUGAGCGGAUGGAGGUCCACACAGAGCGGAGAGGUGUCAUCUACAGUCCCUCCUGGCCUCUCAACUACCCUCCUGGAGUGAACUGCAGCUGGCACAUCCAGGGAGGUCAGGGAGAGGUCAUCACCAUCAGUUUUCGUAACUUCGACGUGGCGGAGUCUGGGAACUGUUUGGGAGACUGUCUGCUGCUGACUCCAACCUUGAACGGGGACUCCAGGCUGUGUGGCUCCACGCUACCCCCGCCCUUCAUCUCCACCAGGGGGCGUGUGUGGCUCUAUUUCCACUCGCAGGCUAACGGCUCCGGGCAGGCUCAGGGCUUCCGACUCUCCUACAUCAGAGGUCACCUGGGUCAGAGCAGCUGUCAGUCCGAUGAAUUCCUCUGUGGGAAUGGAAAGUGCCUCCCUCGCUCCUGGAAGUGCAACGGUCAGGACGAAUGCGGCGACGGCACCGAUGAACGCAGCUGCUCCGCUCCCCCCACCGAAGCCCAGCCCGGCCUCUGUCCCUACGGCUCGGUCCAGUGCACGCAGGCUCAGUCCACCCGCUGUCUGCCGGCUUCUCUGCGCUGCAACGGAGCCAGAGACUGUCACGACGGCACAGACGAGCUGGGCUGCCCCGACACUACCUGCGGGAAACGUCUGGGGAACUUCUACGGCUCCUUUGCCUCCCCGGAUUUUUUCCGCGCCAACAGGAGUGCUGUGGUGGAGCUGAGGUGUUCCUGGUUGCUGGACACACAGGACCCUAAGCCCAUAGUGCUGCAGCUGGACCUGCAGCUGGGCCCCAAAGACUCGCUGCAUGUCUACGAUGGCCUCCUGCAGCGGGCGGAGCACCUCCUACAGGUGUUGUCGUAUCAUAACAACAGGCGUCCGGCUCUGCUGGAGUCCAGUCGGGGACAGAUGAGUGUUCUGUACAUGGCCCAGCCUCACAGCCCAGGACAUGGAUUCAAUGCCACAUACCAGGUCAAAGGUUACUGUUUUCCUGGCGAGCGUCCCUGUGGCAGUGAUCAGGGCUGCUACUCUGAACGGCAACGCUGCGACGGCUACUGGCACUGCCCGUCAGGCCGCGACGAGGAGGCCUGCCCGACGUGCCCAGACGGGGAGUUCCCCUGCGAGGGUAGCACUGGAGUGUGCUACCCGGCCUCCGAGCGCUGCAACAACCAGAAGAGAUGUCCGGACGGGUCGGACGAGAUGAACUGCUACGACUGCCAACCCGGAAACUUCCAUUGCGGGACGAACCUGUGUAUCUUUGAGACGUGGCGCUGCGACGGGCAGGAGGACUGCUUGGAUGGGAGCGACGAGAGGGACUGCAUGGCGGCAGUGCCCAGGAAAGUGAUCACGGCCGCUCUGAUUGGCAGUCUGGUCUGCAGCCUCCUGCUGGUCAUCGCCCUCGGCUGUGCCCUCAAACUCCACUCGCUCAGGAACAGAGAGUACAGAGCUUUUGAGACUCAGAUGACUCGCAUGGAGGCUGAGUUUGUUCAGAGAGAGGCUCCCCCUUCAUAUGGACAGCUCAUUGCUCAGGGUCUUAUUCCCCCAGUGGAGGAUUUCCCUGUAUACAACCCCACGCAGGCCUCUGUUUUACAGAACCUACGGCUAGCGAUGCGUCGACAGAUCAGACGUCACUCCACAAGGCGCACGACCUCGUCCUCCUCUCGUCGGCGUCUCGGGCAUUUCUGGAAUCGCCUGUUCCACAGCGGAGGGCGUUUCAGAGGCAACGCCCCCCUGCUCGACACCCCUGGACCAACGCAGAUCACACUGGGGCUUCACAGCUACCAUACUGUCAAUGUGCAGGGGCCCCGGGACACUUCCAGGUCUGGAGUCAGGUCCGGGGAUGAGGUCGACGUACGGACAAUGCCGGGGCUGGACCUGCAUUCCUGCUCGCCAGAGAGCCCGGCGUCACCUCUCUCCUUUCACUCUGUCGACAGUCCAGAGACAGAGGAGAUGUCGCCUGUUAGCAGGGAAAGCAACGGGGCUCCACAGUCUGAGCCCCCCACCCCUGUUCAAAGUGACUCUUCAUCCCAUAGCGGACCCCCUUUCACUCCCCAGGAAGCCUCUGUACCCCCGUGCCCCCCUCGUGCAUCUAGGAAACUGGUUCUAGAGCUUGCUGUGAACCUCAAGGGUGUUUCCCUGAGACGUUACUCCCCACUGGGGCCCUUGUCCCCUAUCUCCCCCUCUGUGUUUCCCAGCAGCUCGCAGGUCUCCCACCCUCUGACCCACGGGUGGGAGGUGAGUUCACCCUCCGAGCCCUCGUCUUCUUCUGCUGUGAAAGGACAGGACGGCGACAACCACUUCACUGUGGAGCUGCCGAGAAGGGAAAUAAGCCACAGGGGCAAGGGGAGGAGGGAGGAGAAGAGCAGACUGUGCAGGUUGAGCAGGGCCUUCAGUGACGAGGGGGGGGACUCAGGGAGGGAGACAACGCCAUGCUAAAAGUGUUGAGGAAGAUCAUCUCCUCCCCCCUCAGUCUGAUGAGACCUGCUGUCUGCAAAAUGUGCUCUGCUGAAGUGUCCUUGAAGCCCCCACCAGAUGCGGAGGUCAGACCCUUACCUUAGCCCUCCCCAUGGAGUAAAAAUGUGUUUGUUUAUAAUCCAUACAACUCUGCACAUGCACAAAAAACAUACUUAUGCAGUCGUUUCCUACAAUGAAUAAAACCAGCUUUGAUAGUUCUUAUGUUCUGUCUUUUGAAGUAAAUGUCUUAUUAAAACAGGAGCGUGAUGUUGACUCCCUCAAAAUAAAACAAAGACACGACCCGUUUCUAGAAGAUCUCUGAUCAACAUAACUUGUUCCCGAAAAAAUCUAAAUGUUGGCCUCCAGAACCAAAACAAUAUAGGAAAAUAUUCUUAAAACGCCGAAGCAGCCUUUGAGUUGUUACCCAGAGCCAUUAUGCACCGCUCUAUACUGUGAACCAGAAAAGCCUGUUUAAAAAAAUCCCAUAGGAAUUUAUCUGAUUAAUUAUCUUCCACUUGGUCUUAUUCACAGUUAUGAGGUGAAGCGAGUCUUAUUCCUUCAUGUGGUUUAUUGUUGAUUUAAAGAGUAAACAUGGCUAUAUUUUACUUAUCUUACUCUCAAGUAAACAAAAAUACCAAAACCAACAGGGAUUUUCUCCAACUUUCAACAACUGUAAAC